AUGCAGAUUGAUGAAUCGUAUUGUGCUCUCGUAAACCGUUGGAUUGAGUAUGCAAUUGAAAGCAAUGUCAAAGAGUUGAAUCUCUCUAAUAUUUGCCCCCCUAAAUACUCUCAGGUGCCGAAGAGUGUUCUAGUAGCAAAAUCAAUCACCAAGUUGACAUUAUGUUUUUGUAACUUGAAGUCAUUACCCAAUGAUAUUAACUUAUCUUCUUUGAAGAAAUUGGUUGUGGGUAGAGUUUAUAUGGAGGACCAAAAUUUUCAAAAUCUAAUUGCUGGUUGUCUUGUGGUAGAAGAGAUAAAAUUUGAACAUUGUAAAGGGUUGAAAAAUAUAUGUGUCUCGGGUCUUCCUAAACUCAUGGUCAUUGAGUUGGUAAAUAAUUUUGAACUUGAGAGCGUUGAGAUUGAAGCAUCAAAUCUUAAAUCUUUACUUGCCAAUUUUGUGAACCCAUCUCCAAUAUUCAACCUACUCCCAUGUGAAAAUCUAAAGAAUUUAGCAUUAUAUUCAGCCAAUGUGACAGACAAAUGGUUGCACGACCUUCUUUCUAAAAACCCACUCAUUCAGAGCUUGGACCUAAAUUGUUGUAAAAUGUUGAAAACGAUUAAUAUUUCAAGUGAUCGCAUCCAGAAUUUGACAUUUAAUCGUUGUCGAGCGCUUAUUGAAGUUAACAUUGCUACUCCUAAGUUGCAUAGACUCAAGUAUUUUGGUAAUCGUAAAUCCUUUUCUUCAAACACUUCGACUUUCUCGGUAGUCUCUUCUUUUUAA